AUGUAUUGGGGAAUGAUGGGAGGUGUAGAAGGAGAAUGGAGAAAAGGGCCAUGGACUGCCGAAGAAGAUCGUUUGCUCAUUCGUCAUGUCAACUUGCAUGGUGAAGGCCGAUGGAAUACGGUUGCGACCCUUGCUGGCUUGAAGAGAAAUGGGAAAAGUUGUAGACUAAGAUGGGUGAACUAUCUAAGACCAGACCUAAAGAGAGGCAGAAUUACCCCUCAUGAACAAACCAUCAUUCUCGAUCUACAUGCCAGAUGGGGAAAUAGAUGGUCAACAAUCGCAAGAAGUUUGCCUGGUAGAACAGAUAACGAGAUCAAGAAUUACUGGAGAACUCAUUUUAACAAAAGGAGCAAAUUAUUGGUGACUGCUUUAGAUGAGAAAACACGGUUAUUGAAGAGACAAAAGUUUCAACAAGAACAGCGACGACUACAACAACAACAACUUGAGAAGCAACAAAACGAAACUAAUUACAUCAUGAGAAAAGUAAUGACGUUGUUGGUUGAUGAAGAAAGUGAAGGAUAUAAUAAGUAUGUACCGCCUGCAGCAGCUAAUCGAGUCGAGGGGCAACAAGACAAGAUUUAUGAUCAUCACCAGGAACAAAUAUUGCCUAAUAGUAAUGGCGGUAGCUCAUCAUCAUCAUCAUCAUCUAAUUAUGCGUCGGAGACGCCCAUGGCCGAAGUUGGUCUAUGGGAUGGCUUUUUAUGGAACUUGGAUGCAUGA